AAAUUUUGACGGCGGGAGUACUAGCAAACGUAUUUGUUAUUUACGUAAAUUUAUCCUAUACCCAGUUAUUUUUCUAUUAUUGGUAUACGUUAUACGUUGUUACAUAACUUGGUUUUGCAAGUCGAAUGGCACACCGGCAGAAAGACUCAAGAGAAUCAUCGUGGUCCAAAUUUUUCAGUAAAUGGAGUAAACGACGCCGGGAGAAAGACUCAGACAGAGAAUUGGCGUGGUCCAAAUUUUUCAAUAGAUGGACUAAACGGAGUGCAAAAUCAGUGAAUGAAGAUAUUCCUUAUAAAUAUCUUACCGGGCAGACUGCAUCUCUCGACAAGAGAAAAUUGCGCCCAGUUAGAGGCAGUCUACUUUUUAAAAAAUACAAAUAUGGAAAGAUUAGCAAAUAUACGGAAGUCCAGAGAAAAGUUCCGAGAAGGCAACGCCCAAAUGUGGCCACUAAUGAUGUUAAUACAGUGGGUGAGAAAUCGCUGCAGCAAUUUCAAGAACUUGGGCCCAAAGAUGGAGAUUCAUUACCAAUUGCAGGUUACCCCGUAUCCAGCAAAUGCCGCAAAGAGUCUAUAGUGGACAUCAAUGAGGAACUAAAUACUACCAUAUUUGACCAGUCUCCACACGUAAUUCAGUCACAACAGAACCACCAAGAUGACCACGUAUCCAGCAAGUGCCAGAAAGAGUCUCCAGUGGAUGCCAGUGGGAAACCAAAUACUUCCAUUUUUACUUGGUCUCGUCUGCAUGCAACUCGAUCACAACAGAACCAUCAAGAAGGGUAUAAAUAUGAAGAAGAUGAGUUAUCCCCUAUUUUCAAAAAGCCCAGACUGCUUGCUGAAUGUAUAAGGAAAUUCGAAACAGAUACUGGUGAUCAGGAUGUUGACACGCCAGUGAAGAGGAAGAAAGAACAUUAUAAGAGGAGGAGGAAGAGGAGGAGGGUAACGAGUGAGACAGUUUGCAAGCAUGAAAAUGAAGAUACAGCAUCUUUCUCCAAGCCACGAAAAUGCAUGGUUUAUGAACUGGCUAUUGUGAAUUGCAGUUUGAAAAAGGAUGUGUCAAUAAGUGUUUCUGGCCCAGAAGCUUCCAAAUUAACGAAACCUCAAGUUUGCAAGCAUGAAAAUGAAGAUAUAGCAUCUUUCUCCAAGCCACGAAAAUGCAUGGUUGAUGAACUGGCUACUGUGAAUUGCAGUUUGAAAAAGGAUGUGUCAGUAAGUGUUUCUGGCCCAGAAGCUUCCAAAUUAACGAAACCUCAAGUUUGCAAGCAUGAAAAUGAAGUUAUAGCAUCUUUCUCCAAGCCACGAAAAUGCAUGGUUGAUGAACUGGCUACUGUGAAUUGCAGUUUGAAAAAGGAUGUGUCAAUAAGUGUUUCUGGCCCAGAAGCUUCCAAAUUAACGAAACCUCAAGAUCACAAAAAUGGAUGUGAACAUAAUUUAUUGGCCUCUGUGCAAGGAGAAUUUAUGCUUAAUGAACUGGAUAGACAAAAAUACAGUUUGAGAUCUGAUCUAACUUCAGAUAGUUCUCACUCACAAGUCUCUAGAACAGCAAAUUUUCAAGGUCAUAGAAAUGGGUGUGAAGAUCAGAUACCACCCUCAGUGCCAGGAGAGUGCAAGCGUAAUGGAUUGGAUGGACCAAAUUUCAGUGUGCAAACUAAUGUAACUACAAAUAAGUCUGAUUCAAAAAGCUGUAAGCUAUCAAAGGCCCAUGGUCAUAGAAAUGGAUGUCAUAAGAUACCGCCCUCAAUGCCAGGAGAGUGCAUGCAUAAUGGAUUGGAUGGACCAAAUUCCAGUGUGAAAACUAAUGUAGCUACAAAUAAAUCUGAUUCAAAAAGCUGUAAGCUUUCAAAGGCCCAGGAUCAUAGAAAUGGAUGUGAAGAUAAGGUACUGCCCUCAGUGCCAGGGGAAUGCAUGCGUAAUGGAUUGGAUGGACCAAAUUCCAGAGUGAAAACUAAUGUAGCUACAAAUAAAUCUGAUUCAAAAAGCUGUAAGCUUUCAAAGCCACAGGGUCACAGAAAUGGAUGUGAAGAUAAGUUAUUGCACUCAGUGCCAGGAGAGCGCAUACAUAAUGGACUGGAUGGACCAAAUUCCAGUGUGAAAACUGAUACAGUUACAAAUAGUUCUCACUCACAACACUCUAAACUGUUAAUGUCUCAAGAUUAUACAUAUUAUCGAAAAAGAACUAAGAAGAAACCUUGGCCAUAUAUUAUAGUGGAAAGUGACACUGAUGAAGAUGAAUAAUAAUUCAACAAAAUUUAUGGUGAUAUUCAACUGCUGCUGUCAUUGAAGAAUUGUUUCCAUCCAGUAAUACAAAAGAUGGAUGUGUAUGCCUUUGUGAUAGUUUCAAGACUACAAAGACUGCAGGAGCUGUGAAAGAGAUUGAAAUCGGUUUUUAAAUGUGGUUUCUGGUGAAGGUCAUUACGAGAAAUCUAUCAAACAUUUCUACGUACUUUGUGAUACCCACAGAAACAAGGACAUAAUGAAUAAUGACAGUAGGAACUUCAAUUUGAACUUUCUGCUGUUUAAAAAUGAUAAUAUAUUGGAGAAUAAAACCUCAUGUUUAUUUUAUGGUUGUAUAUUGACUUGAUACAGUAUUGUUUUUAAACAUUACCAUUGAAUGACUUUUAACUGAAAAGUAACAUCUCAGUUAUGUGAAAGAAUAGUUCUUGAAGUUAACAGUUGGCAUUCCGUUCACUUAAAUAAUAUGACAGCAUCUGAUUUUGCUUAUCAGUACUUGACAUAUUCAGAUUAUAUUUGAUUGUGUGAUAAUCACAAGAAAACCAAACUGUAGACACAAAAAAACCUGUUCCCCGUGACUUUGUUGCUGGUACUAACAUGUGUUCACUGCUGCAAAACUAGAUUUCAUAGUAGGCUUGUGGACAUGCACAUUUAUCAGUGUCACACUGGUUUGUUGGUUGUGGAAGUGGUUACAAGAGUGAGCUACUCUGGACUAGUGGACUUGUUUUUGGACAUGUGUUGACAUUUAUAAGUACCAGCUGCAACGAAUGUCCUAAAAUGUUCGUCUAGACAUGCUGAAUCUUCCGUCCACAAUUUUUUACUUUAUUCUGAAAUAUUAUAUGUGUAUAGCACUUAAUUUUUGAAACAUUUGUGCCAUAAAUAUUAGGCUCAUCAAGGCAUGUAUAGUUUAUGAACUUAUAAUUUUUUAGGUACAAAACAGCAACAUAUGCCAGUGACAUCUGCUUAUCAUUGCAGAUAUUUUAUAAAAGUUUUACAUGUGCAUUAAAUGCAUUAACAUUUCUCC